UAUAAUAAAAGUAUAUUGAGAAACAAAAUUUUACAUGGGGAAGCUAAUUUUACACAAAUAUUAUUGUAAAUUGGUGGGAUUUUAAUGCAAAUGAGUCAUUUUUUUUUGAGACUAAAAUUAGGUCAAAUGGGUCGUUUUUUCGGAAACGUAGGAAGUAUUUUUUUUUUUUUCCUUUUCAGACAAGGUGCACGGCGAACCCCCUCUCCUGAGGAUGAGGUCGAACCCACAUCACACGGGGAGUCCCUCCAUCUCCUAGAUCCUCAUUUAAUAGUAUUUGUUUGAGAAUCAAUCAAUCCAUUCCUUUUUCCUUUUCUUAGCCCUGUCCUUUCCUUGGAGCUAAGCUUUGCUUUUAAAAAAAGAAAUAGAAAAAAAAAAAAGAAAUAAAAGAAAAGAAAAAAAGAAUUGAAAAAAAAAAAAACAUGCAUAUAUAGCAUAACAGGAAGCCAAGGUAAGGUAUGUAAGGCGGUGAUUUUGAAAGUUGAAACGGCAAGCUAGCUGCACAAUAUACAAGUAUAGAAUAAUAAACAAAUAAUCCGCAAGAGAUAAUGAUAUACGGAGGAAUGAAUGGAGUUGUACAAGUUGAAAUAGAAAGAAAGCUACUCCUAACUCCUUAACUUAAUUGAAUUGGUACAUAAACAUCUAUCAGAUAUUCAUCUUCAACAACCAACAACAGUAUAAAUUGUUUUUGAAAUCCAAAGAAAGUAUAUAUAUAUAUAUAUAUAUUGUGAUGGAUGGUGUAUCAGUAUCUAUAUCAAAGGAGGCAGAGAGGUCCAUCGCAGCUUCGUCAAUGUUUCCGGGCUUCAGAUUCAGUCCUAUAGAUGAAGAACUCAUCUUGUAUUAUUUGACCAAGAAGUUGGAUGGCUUUCACAAAUGCGUUGAAGUCAUCCCUGAAGUCGACAUCUGCAAAUUCGAGCCUUGGGACCUCCCUUCCAAGGCUAUUAUCAAGUCUGAUCAGGAGUGGUUUUUCUUCUCACCUCGUGGUAAAAAGUAUCCAAAUGGUUCACAAAGUAAGAGGGCAACCGAGAUUGGCUACUGGAAAGCUACCGGGAAAGAGCGUGCUGUCAAAUCUGGUUCCAAUGUCAUUGGUACUAAACGGACUUUGGUAUUCCACAUAGGCCGUGCACCUAAAGGAGAGAGAACUGAGUGGAUAAUGCACGAGUACUGUAUGUCUGGAAAGGCUCAGGAUGCACUGGUUGUGUGCCGCCUUAGGAGGAAGUGUGACUAUCAUGCCAUGAAUAAUGUUCCAGAUGGAGAGAUGAAUCAAUCCUCUAAUCCAUCUAUGUUGAUGGCUAGUAGAGGGACUUACUCAAAUUGUGGUAUGGGGCUCAUUGAUAAUAAUACACCUGGCAGGGACAAGCAGACAGUUGAAUGUUCUUUCAAGAAGUCCAGCAGCAGUCAUGAUUCUCAUUCUGUAGAGCAGAUAAAUUCUGCAUCUCAGUCGAAUUGGAAGAACAAAGAUUAUGCAUUUCAGCCAGAAUCUACAAGUAUUAAUCAUGUUGGAAACGAAGAUGACUUAUUUGCUGAGAUAUUGAACGAUAGUAUCAUUCAAUUGGACGAAUGUCUUCACCCUUCAACAUUUGGUGCUCAACCUAUGUUAGCCAAUAAUGGAACUGUGCCUGUUGUGCCACGCAUAUUUAAUAAUCCUUCACAUAACCAUGUUGUUCAACGAGUAAGCCCUGCUCAAGGAACGGCAAACAGAAGAAUAAGGCUACGAAAACUAAGGAGACUUGGCCCUCGUAAAGAAGAGUUGGAGGAAGGUUCAGGUGAAAAUAUGGUUAACUCCAAGUCCAGACGAUUUUUCAAGAAGGUUCCCGAGGGAUGGAUGAGAAUAUCCAAAAAUUGUUCUCGUUUAUAUGUACUAGUCAUUACUAUGGCAUUGCUCAUUUUGAUGAUGGGUUAUUCCACUGGUCCUGCAUACUUUUACUGACAAAAUUGGGGAAAUUGUAGCUAGAUACGAUUCAAUAUGCUCACUUCUAUAGUUGAGGAUAUCACGCCUACUUAUCUAAUGUUUUCGCUAGGAUUCAUGUCGUUAGCGAAGUGUUAUAUUGUACUUGUAUAAAUUAUUGUUUCACAUGAUAAUGAAAAUUAUGCAUGACAAUGGUUGAGAAAAACUUAAGUAGGCUAA